AUGGGCAAGACUGGUAAGAGCACCGUGGACCUCAACUCCCCGACAGAGGUCAAACAGGCAGUCCCAUUCGAGGUCAUGGAGACGGUGGCGCCACCAGAUGGCGAGGAGAAGGAGGAAGUACUCCCUGACAGGGGCUCCUGGAAGGGCAAGUUUGACUUCCUGUUGUCAUGCGUGGGCUACGCCAUCGGCCUGGGUAACGUCUGGAGGUUCCCUUACCUGUGCGGCAAGAAUGGAGGAGGGGCUUUCCUGAUCCCGUACUUUCUCACCCUGGUGUUUGCUGGCAUACCUCUGUUCCUGUUGGAGACGUCACUGGGCCAGUUCACCUCGGUGGGGGGGCUGGGGGUAUGGACCAAACUAAUGCCUAUGAUGAAAGGGGUUGGUCUGGCCUCAGUGGUGCUCUCCUUCUGGCUCAACAUCUACUACAUUAUCAUCAUCGCCUGGGCCCUCUACUACCUCUUCAACUCCUUCAGAGCGGAUUUGCCGUGGGAGGGUUGUGAUAACCCGUGGAACACAGAGAAAUGUUUCUCCAACUACAGUUUGACAGACACCACCAACCUCACCAGUGCCGUCACUGAGUUCUGGGAGCGGAACAUGCACCAGCUGUCCAGUGGUCUGGAGGAGCCUGGUGAGGUGCGCUGGCCCCUGGCUGGAACUCUGGCUCUGUCCUGGAUCCUGGUCUACUUCUCUAUCUGGAAAGGAGUGGAGUGGACAGGGAAGGUGGUCUAUUUCUCCGCCACGUACCCCUACCUCAUGCUGUUCAUCCUGUUUUUUCGUGGGGUCACUCUCCCCGGGGCCAAGGAGGGCAUUCUUUUCUACAUCACCCCCGACUUCAACAAACUCCUCAAGUCUGAGGUGUGGCUGGACGCUGCCACUCAGAUCUUCUUCUCCUAUGGACUGGGUCUGGGUUCACUCAUCGCCUUGGGAAGCUACAACUCCUUCAACAACGAUGUGUACAGGGACUCCCUCAUCGUGUGCUGUAUAAACUCCUUCACCAGCAUGUUUGCGGGCUUUGUCAUCUUCUCCAUUGUGGGCUUCAUGUCGUACAUCACCAAGAAGCCUGUCCAGGAGCUAGCUGCCUCCGGCCCAGGCUUGGCGUUCUUGGCCUACCCCCAGGCUGUGACUCAGCUGCCCAUGUCCUCCCUGUGGGCCAUCCUGUUCUUCUCCAUGCUGAUGAUGCUGGGGCUAGACAGCCAGUUCUGUACCGUGGAGGGCUUCGUCACGGCUCUGAUGGAUGAGUUCCCCAUGGUGCUGAGGAAGAGGAAGAAGGUCUUUAUCCUCGGCAUCUGUCUAAUCUCCUUCCUCAUCGGCUUCUCCAACAUUACACAGGGUGGUCUGUACGUCUUCAAGCUGUUUGAUUACUACUCUGCCAGCGGGAUGUGCCUCCUCUUCCUCGUCUUCUUCGAAACCAUCUCGAUUUCCUGGUUCUAUGGAGCUGAUAAGUUCUAUGGGGACAUUGAAGAGAUGAUUGGCUAUCGGCCCUGCGGCUGGUGGAAGCUCUGCUGGAAGUUCUUCACUCCAGCAAUCUGCCUGGGAGUGUUUACCUUCAGUGCCAUUGAGAUGACCCCCCUGACCUUGGGGAAGUACGUGUACCCGGCGUGGGGGCAGGGGAUUGGCUGGGUCAUGUCUCUGUCAUCCAUGAUUCUUGUGCCGGGCUAUGUCAUCUACAUGUUCUGCACCUCCAAGGGCAGCAUCAAACAGGUACACAGUCAACCAGCAGAUCCCACUAUGCUCCAUAUCCUUCCCUUUGGCCCUAAGCCCUCGAUAAUAGCAUGUCUGUAG